AUGUCAGUAAAGACUCUAAACCCUGAAGUGCUUUGGGCUCAAAGAUCCAGCGAAACGGAACCCGAGGAAAACUAUCUGCUUGUUACAAUCUCUAUCCCAGACUGUGAGAACCCAACAGUGAAAUUAGAGCCAACUUUCUUUGAGUUUCAAGCGAAAUCUAAGGGCCAUGUCGGCGAUGAGACUUCUCACCAGUACCAUCUACACAUCGAUUUCUUCAAGGAGAUUGUUCCCGAUAAGACCGUCCACAAGAUAGCCAAUGGCCAACAUUAUUUCUUAAAAAUUUACAAGAAGGACCUUGGUAUCGAGUUCUGGCCUCGUUUGACCAAGGAGAAGGUGAAAUACCCUUAUAUCAAGACCGAUUUCAACAAAUGGGUCGACGAAGACGAGCAACAUAAUGCGCCUCCUCCAGCGGGAUUCGACAUGAACGAUAUGCUGAUGAAUGGCAACCCUGAUAUGGAGGCGUUGAAAGCACAAUUGGCACAGGGAGCCGGCGGUCUGGAUAUGGGCGCCGGGGACUUGCCAGAAGAACUGGAUGAUGAGGAAGACGAUGAGGAAGUAGAGGAAAUUGAAGCUGGCAAAUAG